CGCAGUAGAGAUAUCCAGACCAGCGUGUGGACAAAGCUUAUGCAUUUCUCGGAAAGAAUCUGACUUUUGAAACAAACAGUUGUCUGUGCUUUUGUCUCUCUCGAGUAUCAAGCUAGCUUCCUCAGUACAAGAGAAAAGUUUGCUACAGCUGGCAUCAGGUUUACAUGCAGUAUGAUGGACAGAAGCUUCACGUCACGUGGGACUUCUUCCAGAACGUCAUUUCCGCUACCUUUCAUUCUGUUUGCCCUCCUCUCAAGUCGUUUAGUCUCAUCAGACGGCACAUUUUUGGCAGAAAAGGGGGAAAUAAAGUGCGAUGUUCCUUCAGUCAAACUCAGAGAAAACACACGUUUGACAUGCUAUUUUCCCGAGGAUGUCAGUCAGACGAGAAGAGAUUUUUCAGUCUAUCGUCAGAUCGGCAUGGAAACUGACGCCGUGAUAGACUGCUGGUGGUUGAGGGGUCGGUUAAACUGCUUUGUUGACCCACACUACAAGUACGACAAAAGGAUAUCCGACAGACUGACCAUUGAGAUUCAGCGAGUUUCACCAUCACACAUUGGCACGUACUCCUGCCACCUGGCCAAUUAUAUACAGGACUCCCUUAACACCUGUGACCUCAGUGUCACAAUAGACAGAUCAGUCUGCGAAAUCCCAUCUGCCAAACUGGAAUCACAGACUGUGUUGACAUGUUACUUUCCUGAGGACCUCAGCAAGACUCAAGCGGAUUUCUCUGUUUAUCACUACUCCAGCCCUGAUCUUAAGGAUACGGUUUUAAGUUGCACAUGGAAUGGAGACAGUCUUAGCUGUGACACAGUCCGUGGUUACCAGUUUGACAAGAAAGUCACCUCACAUCUCAGACUACGGAUAUACAAAAGGUCCUGGAGAACCAUCAAGGAACCUACAGUUGUCGGGCACAAGGCGAUGUUCUUUCCGAGAACUGCUCUUUCGCUCUUAAGACAGAAACGACAUCAUCAUGUCAUGUUCCAAGUGUUCCAGAAAUGGAACCGACAACUCUGACCUGUAACUUUAGUGUCGACGUCAGCGCCACUAAACGAGAUUUCAGAGUGAUCCAUUUCAAUAGUCAAGACAAAAAAGGUGGUGAAAUCCUGAGCUGUACCUGGACAAGCGACCAACUGUUCUGCAACAAAGCUCCUGGGUUCGAGUUCAACAAGUCUGUCACUGAUCACCUGUUCAUUGAAGUCCCGCAGGCCAGGCAGGAGCACAAUGGGUCAUACACUUGUUACCUGGAAGGCUCUGACAGACAAGAGUCAUGUGAUUUUAUUGUCAUGACAGCAAGUCAAAAUACAGAUAAUGCAGCUGCUGUCAGUGUCGGAGUCAUCAUCCCUUUGCUGAUUAUUGUAGCAUUGAUCGUUAUUGUUUUCGUCUUCAAACGCAGAUCAAGAACUCGAAAGGAAAAUACAGAUAUUGAAGAAAAUGAGGACAUGUUAUCACAGAUGUCAGAGGCCGACUCAGAUUGUUUCCAGAAAAAGUAUCCAGGGUAUGAAUCAAAGUCGUAUUAUGUGCCACCACUCUACUUCAACAGAAACACAUAUACAACUUUCCGUAUAGCCGGAGAGGACGUGUCCGUCACAGAGUUUCCUGAUGACCACACUGUGAAACUGGACCAGGCGAUGUCUACGAUUUUUAAAAGUUUUCGCCUUCUGGGGAAAAAACACAUUAUGUUUGUCAUAUCACAGUUUGAUUACGACGACUGCCUGGAAUAUCUCCGACAAGAUUCCAGUAAAAGACGGGAAGUAAAGAACUACGGCGACUUUGAUGUCCUCAUUGUUCAUCGUCGUUACGGGGUUCUGGUUGGGGUGGUGAUGACUUGUAAUGAUAAGACAAACAAGAUGGUGAUGGUCAAGGAUUUGGAAAAAAGCUGUCAACAACUAGACAACGCAUAUCAGAUGUUGGUAGAUCUUACGACCGAUCAACAGCCUAAAAUUAGUAUACACAAACUUUUGAUAUUGCCAAAUCUACAGCACAAAAGUUUGAAAAGCGUGUUUCGGCAAAACACAAAUGCUAAGAAGGUCCUAGCUGAUUGCCUUGAACUUUCAAAGCUUGAUAACGUUCAUCAGAAAUGUUUGUGUGCUGAUGACCUGCAGGGUAACAAUAGAACCCAGAAAUUGGGAGAAUGGCUUGAAAAACAAGUUUCUACAUCACAAGAAUGCAUUCCCGACGACAAAUAUGUGGAAGUACUUGAAAGAUUCUGUGGACAUACUAUUAAGAUGCCUUUGAUUCCUCGUGGUAUCCUACCCACGACAUUACGAGCAGCAGUAAAUGUGACGGGGAAUCUCUUCAGUCUGCCAAUCCUACAGCCCGAGCAGCGGGAUGCACUACAAAACGUGGAAUCUCAACCUUCUGUACAGGAAGUUUCGGGGGCCGGAUGGGACUGCGUCGCGGGCCGGAUAUGGCACCGCGUCGCGGGCUGGAUAUGGCCCGCGGGCAGUAGGUUGAGCAUCCCUGGAUUAGAACAUCUUGUCUUCCUCUCGGGGCCACCUGCUUCAGGAAAAACGAGGACGCUGGUGUUGACAGGCAAGCAAUGGCUGUACGACGGUCACGAUGUGCAUGUUGUGUCCACCUGGAGAGGGAGUCGGACAGCAUCCAGUAUGAUACAUGCUGAGUUGUCCAAGUAUGUUGAAAACAUGACCUCACCGACAAAGAUAGGGGAAGGUCAUCCCACAAGAUUUUGAACUCGAUACUGAAGAUGUUGACAGCUGUGUCAACAAACUGUCGGAGGCGGCCAACGGAAAUGUUCUGUACAUCAUUGCUGACGAAACAGGGCCAUACGAAGAAAACCAUUCAACGUUUAAGGCUUUUGCUGAAGGUUUAAUAAAGAAGGUGCCACAACUUCAUUUCUGGGCUGCCAACUGUCUCAAGGGAGCUGCCCCGGAUCGCUUUCAUAAGCCAGUCUUUAGCAGCAGCUUUACUGCUCCACCCGCUAUACUGCUGCACGAGGGUGUGACCAAACUUGUCUCUGGCUGUGGCAUCGAUGUCCAUACUUCCAGCAGCAGGACCAUAGCGCCAACAGAAGGUCCACCAGUAAAAUUAAUCAAACACAAAAAGAAGAAUCACCAGGCUGAUUACCCAUGGGAAUGUGAAACAUGCGCCAAAGCUGUUGUUGACUUUCUCCAAACUCUUGACAUUUGUUGCGAAGCAGAGGCAUGUCCACACAUGACUGACGCUUCACAGCACCUGAACUACAGCGAUGUACUGAUGAUGUUUGAAACUGAAUCUGACACUACUAAUUUGCUUCUUUGUGAAAUGUUGAGGAAGAAAAAUAUAAAGGUUAACAUACUGGAAGAUGGACAGACCAAUGUCGUUACUUCAGGAAUUGAUGAGAUAGUGGUUGCUAAGUGGCAUCACAUUCUUGGAGUCAAGAAGAAAGUCGUGGUUUACGUGGGAGGAGAUCCAGAGCUCAAGAAAAAACCAAGAAAACCUACCAUGUGGAAAAGACUACGGGGACUCACCAGCUCAAGUUCCCUACUGAUUUGGGUAACGGGGGACAAAUUCAACAAGGAUGAUGAUGAGGAGAAAGAGGAGAAAGAGGAGGAAGAAGAAAAGGAGGAAGAGGAGAAAGAGGAAGAAGAAGAAAAAAAAGAGGAGGAGUAAAAUAUUUACUUUAAUACAUGAGUGAAUGCAAACGUCAGCCAAGUCAAGGACAUUACAAGUAGUACAGGGGACAUUGUAUCGUAUCACUCGGUCCAAAUUACUCCCACAUUGAUAGUACAGAAGGGAACAUUUGUUGCCUCCGGGCCUUAAUUAACCUCUUUUGAUGCCUAGCUUACCUUGCUGCUGAAGAUCAUUCUGACUGGAAGCCUUCCUGGACAUGAAAUAUUGUAAUUUGUUAAAGACAUCACCAACCAGUAACUUACUGUAGUCCUUCCUUCUUGUAAAGAGUGUAAGGAAGUCAGCACUUGUUUCCCAUCGCCUUCUGUCCAUCAUGACCUGACUUACCGAGUUUCCUUGGUUUAGAAAUAACAUCUGUGGUUGAAGCAUUUUGGUGGUGAGCAGUAUUUAAGCUUUGAAAUGCCAUAAAUCAGGGUUAGGUUGGCUAUGUAUGGCUCACUAUGUUUUUAACUGAUGUAUAUUGUAGUCUGUUGAAUUUUUACCAUUUCUUUCCUCAUAUUUUAAGCACUCUGUUCUGUAUUUCUUCUGUAGCAUAUUGUCUGAAAACGAGAAUUUUUAAUCAUCAAUAUAACCUGCGGAGUUGUAAAGCAAAACGUAAACAUGUUUGUGCUGUUGUUUUUAUCCAUUUGAUAAUAUACUAUUUGUUUAUGUGUGGAAUGAGACUUGUUGCACUCAGUGCACUUGCUGCAGCCAAUUGUAUUAAAGUCGCUAACUGGUGGGUGUAAUAAAUAACUGAUUUUGUAUCAGUCACCUGGUUUGUUGCUUAAAAUCUAUUAAAAUAAUUCAAAUUAAA